CCCCCGCCGGUCUCCCCCCACCCUCAGUCGCUGUGCCCCACAUCCUUGUCGUCCGCAUCAAAAUUCAAGAAAACUCACGAUUUUUAACUUGAAUUUGAUUGAAAAGUCUCGCGAUGGCUUGCAGUACCCUUACUAGUGGGUAUAGGCUAACUCGCCUAGUUCUGGACCGAUCAUCCACCGUGUCGAGAAAUAUCUUUUCCUUGAUACCAUCUUCACUUCGAUCAUAUAGUGCGUCACCGGAGGAAUCAAAAGACACCAGCAGCAUUCCUCCUCCAGGAGAAACUGAAACUGAGAAAAAGUUGAAAGCAGAGCUGGAGAAAGUUAGUGCCGAAUCCAAAUCCUUGUUAGAGAAGGUCUCAGAACUAGAUGACAAAUACAAGAGAUUGCUAGCUGAUAGAGAAAAUCUAAGGAAUCGUCUAACUAAACAAAUUGAGGAUGCUAAAAUAUUUGGUAUACAGAGCUUUUGUAAAGAUUUACUAGAGGUUGCCGACAUAUUAGGGAAAGCCACGGAGAGUGUGCCAAAAGAGGAAGUUAAAGAUAACAACCCCCAUCUGAAGAACUUGUAUGAAGGAUUGACUAUGACUGAGGCUCAGCUUCUAAAAGUGUUUACUCGUCAUGGGCUAUUACAAGUCAACCCACUCAAUGAGAAGUUUGAUCCAAACUUGCACGAGGCUCUUUUUGAACAGGAGGUACAAGGAAAGGAGCCUGGAUCAGUUGUUGUUGUAUCAAAAGUUGGGUACAAACUCCAAGAGAGAUGUAUUCGGCCAGCACUAGUAGGUGUAGCUAAAGGAUCAUAAAAUUUAAACAAUGUAACUUUUUCUUGUGUAUUUGUUAGUGAAAGGCAUGUUGUGGCCUAAUUCCAUUUGAACCACUUGUAAAGUAAAAGUAUAUUAAAUGUGAUCUAAGAUGUAUAAAAGAUGUGAAUUCACCUUAUAAGAUUAAAUUUCUAUUCUCCUGAA